AUGGCACACGCCGUCGGGGAGCUUCCCUCUCUAGCCUUGCAAGUGUUUUUGGACCCUGCUCUCACCGACCACCACAUAGCCGCCGCAGCAGCUAUCUUCCCCGCCGCCAGCCGCGCGGUCCUGCACUUGCCCAACUGGAUCCAUCUGCCGUGCAACGUGUACGACAGCUCUGGAGCUGUCGUCACCGGGACUCCCCUCGGCCGACGAAGCAUCGCGGCCAACGCGGUUCGUCGGGCGGCUCUGCUGCAAAUCGCUGAGGACGGACCUGAGCCACCCUCCUGGUCGGCCCCAUCACGUCUCCUGGCGCUGCAGCGGUGCCUGGACCCCGAGGGGGAGGCGGUUGCGGCCAGAAAUUCCGGUCUGGAUCCGGACUUACGACUGUAUCCAGAUCCAGAUCCAGAUCCACCUUUCCUGGAUCCGAAGCAGCUGGUCGUGUACAAUACGGUUGUAGAGACAGCGCAGCGAGAGGCAAGCGCCCAUGCGAGCUGCUGGAGCUACCCCGCCAGCUUGGUGCCGCCGGAGGAGGCUGUGAAAGGAGGAGGGCGCUCCUCCUCCCAGGCGCUUAACGCAGCGGAGAGGGCGGCGGAGAGGGAGGUGGUGGGGGCGCACCGCUUGCCGCUGGACCUCGCGCCGCUGGUGCUGCCGGCGGAACGGGAGGUGCAAGCGCCGCUGGCAUACCUCGACCUCCGUUGCCCUGUUGACCUGGCGGGCCUCGUAGUGGAGGCGGGCAAGAUGGAAGGCGGUGGCGGAGGCGGAACGGCCCUGACGGCAGGACUGACGGGGCUGACGGCGCAACAGCUUCGUGACGGUGGCCAGCUGGCAGUGCUGCGGCAGCUAACACGCCUGGCCUCCCUCGAGCUUUGGUGCUGUGACGUCAGCGGUCGAAUGGAUGCGUCGUACUGGACGUCGGCGGCACCGCAGCGCAUUCGCCGGGGACUACCAGCGCUGGCGGCAGCGCUGACGGCGUUGACAGCGCUGGUCGUACGGGAGCUGGUGACGCAGGUGGAGCCGCCGCCGCCUGUAGCGGCGCUGGCGGCGCUGCCGCUGUUACGCAGCUUGACGCUGGAGCUGUUGUACAGCACUUCUGCGGACCCCUGGCAGGAGAUGGCGGAGAUGGCGGAGCAGCUCGAAGAGGAGGGAGAGGGGGAGGGGGAGGGAGAGGAGGAGGAGCCUGCGGUGACGGCGGCGGCGGCGGCUGCAGCUUUGGACGCUUGCAUCAGCGAGGAUAUGUUGGUACUUGGGCCCCGGGCCUCCGCGAUUAAGAGGGUCAUCGAGCGGCACUGGCGGCAGCUGCGUGCCGCCGCCCCCCUGGACCUCUUCUCCUGCUUCGCUCCCCCCCACGACCGCUGUGGCCCGAGGGGCGCCGGCGACAUCCUCAGUGGGGACAGUGGGGACAGUGGGGACAGAGAGCAAGGAAACGGGAAUGGGCUCAUAAGGAGCGGGGGAGGAGGAGGCGGAGGAGAAACAGGAGUAGCUGAAAGCUCGUUCGCCAGCUGCGGUGGCGGUGGCGGCGUCGCCGCGACGGUGCCGACCCACGGGUCGCUGACCCACCUUGACGUGACGUUCCUGGGCGUGGGGCUGCUGCCUGGCGCCUGGCACGGCAUCUGUCACCUAGCGGGCAGUUUGACGCGGCUGGCGUUGCGGGUGGGUCGGAGCCCCCGGGAGGAGAGGCUGAUUGCCAACCUGCUCUCUCGAUACCCCGGCCGCUGGCCGCCCGGUUCCUUCUCCGUCCCGGGCCCCGGCCCCGCUCUGGACGCCCUUCCGCACCUCCGCCACUUGAUGCUGGACGUCCCCCUGGAACCCGACCUGGCCGCCAGCUUGGUGGCGAGGGAGCUGGGCACCCUGCAAGGCGCGGAGCAGCAGAGGGAUGGGGCCCAACAGCAGACCCAACCCCAGCAGCAGCCCCAGCAACCGCAGCGUCUGUUCCCACCUCGUCGUCAAGGGCAACUGGCCCGCCUCCCCGCGCUGGAGACUCUGUCGCUUGUCGGUAUGUGGAGCGAGGCCAGUUCGACAAGCUUUGGCAAGAGUACGGCAGUGGCUGCGGAAUCUGGGGCUGCUUCGGCGUCAUCCGUCGCGUACGGCAACCAUAUGUCACCGCCGCCGUCGCCGUCGUGGCCGGAAAGGGGAGUAGCAGCACCGGCAGCGCCAGUGGCAGUGGCAGUGGCGCUGCGCACACUGCACCUGGAGGGCGAUCUGCGCCACCUGGUCUCCGAUAUGGCUGCAGGGGUGCUGUGCGCCACGCGGGUUGUCGAUUUACGGCUCGCACACCGACCCGCGGGUCGCGCCACCCAGUGGAGCGAGGGCAAGGUCAGUGGUGGCAAGGUCAGUGGUGGCAAUCAGCUGCACAGCUGCAGUGGCGGCGACGCUGGCAUCGAUAGCGGAAUGCUCCAGGGAAGGCUGCCGCUGCAGUGGGCCCUGGUACCUCCGGGGCUGCAGGCACUGGAGCUGGAGGGGUUUGACGUGCAAGGCCACGUAGGCGAUGACGAUGACGCCGGGCGAAACGUCGGCAGCAGCGCCACCGAUGCACCUUGUCGAGGCCGGGGCGGCCUUUGCAGCCUGGAGCGUCUGCGUCUGCGGCAUUGCGUCGUCGCCCUCGACGGUGUGUACGACAGUCCGCUGACGGAAGUGGCGGUGCAAGCGUGCUGGCUGACGACCAUCAAGGGGGGUGGUAUGCGAUUUGCGGCAUCGUCUUCAACUGUUGCCGCUGUCCCGGCUGUAACGGCUGUAACGGCUGCAGCGCCAUCCGUAAAGCCGCUACCGCCAUGGGAUGUGGCCGGGCAGCUACAGCUGCUGUGUCAGCAGCCGUGGGCGCCACGAUUGCUACGACUUGAUGUACAGCUCGUCCGAUUACCGUACAACUUGGCAUUCUCACCCCUAGAUACUCUGUUUUCACUUUCACAAAGGCUGCUGCCUAGCCCGGACUCCGCAGCGGCAACGCCAUGUUAUCCUGGAUCCAGACCUGAACCGGAAUCAUUUAUAUCUGGAUCCGGAACUGGAUUCAGAUCUGUGUGCACUGCCCGCCUGCACAGCUUGGAGCACCUGAGCAUCACCUGGGAGCUGGCGGCGCUGUCGGGCCGUGUCGGAGCUCUGCAGCAGCGAACCACCGUAACGCCUACCACUGUGGCUGUACGGCAACUACGUGUCCCUCGUGCGGGGCUGACAGUGGAGCUGGCGGCCCACUGGGUGGCGGCGCUGUCCCCCUCGUUGCGUUCCUUGGAGCUGUGGUUGGCCGACGAGGCGCAGGAGGAGCCUCUGAGUGUGGACUCCUGCUGCGGCCCCUGGCUGCUGCGGCAUCGGAAUUUGAGGCGGCUGCGGCUAGUGCUGCUCGUGAGCUGUGACCGCGGAGCGGCCCGCGGGUCGGCUGCGGCCCAGUGUGCCGGCAGUCGCAGUAGCAAUGAGGCGGGAUGGGACAUGAGCCGUGGGAACAGCAACAGCGACCAGGGUGAGGAUGGUGAGGAUGAUAAUGAUGAUGAGGAGGAGCAGCAGCAGCAGCAGCAGAUGGAGGGGUGUGUGAAGGGGUAUUCUGGAAGGGUUGGGGAGGCUUCGAGGGCCGCUAGGGGCUCCUGUGGCGGUUGCAGCGGGUAUGGUUUCGGCGCCGCCGCUGCCGACCCACCUUCCCGACCCGAGGAGCCUCGCGUUGCCUCCGCCUGGGCGCAUGCGGAGCUGGCGGAUCUCCUGAUGACGUGCAUGCCGUACUGCCAGUGCCAGGCCGUGCAGAUACGGCUCGAUUAA